GGGCCGACCACUCAGCGUCAACGUUGCUCAGUGCUUCCAACAUGCUUGCUAUCAACAGUUCAAGUGCGCGAAAUCAAAACCAAGCACAUGUCGCCGUGCUCAAAUCCUGUGUCAUUUCGCGCUGAUCAGGCUGAGACUUUUGUUAGCGACGCAGAUUUACCGCACUGCGUGGAUGCUCUGAGUGUCGCCGAAAUGCAGCGUAUGAGAAAAUUGGCAUUUCUGAAGCUAUCGGCGAUGAUCGAGACUCAUGCGGGUGCUGGUGUUCGGAUUGAUGCUGCUGUAGCUGAUGGCAAUGAUGCAACUGCUGGUAGUAAUGCGAAAAGCUGGGCGGUACAGAGAUUUAUCAGGCGAAUGCGCAAUAACGACACUAACAACAGUAACAACAAUAAUAAGCCAACCAGAAGUAAGUAG